UUUUAUUUUGAAGGCUCCCGUUGUGUGUUGUUAAUUACCGCCAGCUUGACACUGAAUGAGGUUUUUAAUGCUCGUUUUAUACUUCAGAAUCACCCGGCAGAGCGGAGCUUUCUUCCGUUACGGCUGGUUGGUGCUAGAAUGGAGCAGCUGGAGGGACGAUUCGCGAAACUUUCGCGAGAGUUUACCCGUAACCUAACCCCAACCUCGCGAGAGUUCGUCCCUCCGGCUGAUGCUGCAUUCACGUGCUCCUCAGAUGAUCCCAUUUCCCGAGCUGGGAAGUCAUUCUUCCAAUUUCGGUGUGUUUAUUAGCUUUUAGGUCGUCAUGUGGAAACAACAUGAACGCUACAAAGAAGAUGUUUGUUGACUUUUUUUCCCAGACUUGUUGCUGCACCAGUGCAUUCCCUAAAACCACUUAAAUAUUGCUUUACCUGACUUGUUAUCAGGGUUAAUGCUAAUAAAUAACUUUUCUAACUAAUCUAGAUCAUUCUAUGUGGACAGUAACUAACUACCUAAUAAAUACAUAGCUAAUAAAUAAAUAACUGGCUAAUAAAUAAAUAAGGGCUAAAUAAUUUUUCUAACUAAUCUAGGUCACUCUACAUGGACAAUAACUAAUGGUUACAACCUAAUACCAUAUUACAACUUACAUGUGAGCAAAAAGUUAAUAUGCAAUAUUUGAAUCAGUAAAAAGUUUCUUCCCAUCAACCAAACUACUUCGUCCAUCAUGUUUCUGCAUAUAUGAUGUCAACAUUCGGCAAGUCGUAUGCCAAAAUUUUAACCGAUUUACCGAGUGGUUGUUUUCUGAUUUCAUAAUGCUCAGUUGGGAACUCAUUUUUCCGAUUACUCCAACAUCACAUGAAUGCCACAUGAUCCAACCUUCCGGGGCUGCACACUGUAACCGCCCCGCCGUGUCACCCAGUCAUAUAAUCGAACAACUUCCAAGUGUUACUCAAUAAAGGUCAAAGCUUUCUACAUUUUUGGACCUUCAAACUCUUUUCUCCUGCCAAAGACAUGAAAGAAAAAAAUAAAUCAGAUGUCACAGACAACCUUGAAUGUUAAAAACAGGACACACCUAGUUAAAAGCACUAUGACCUAAUCAAGACAGAAAAGGGUUACAAUAUUCACAAUGAAGCAUUUACUGAAAACAAUCUGUGCCUGACUAUUUAAUAUAAAUGUAAACAAUAUUUGGUUUUUGGUUAUUCCAACAGUAGUGUCAUUGUUAGUGUCUAUAUACACCAGGUGGAGCCAAAGAUAGGCUCCUCUUUUGUAAAGAAUCAAUAUGACCUAAUAUCUUAUACUUUAACAUGCUUGAAAUACAAUGGUGAUUCUGGAAGAGAGCAUACAAAUAUUUAAGAAGCAUAGGAUUUUUUUUUUAAUGAGAAUGAGGAGCCCUGACCUGUCAUUAGGUCCACAGUACUAACAAGGUGUACAUGUGUACCACCAACAUCAAAAUGACCUGUAAAAUACUUGUUCUCCAACCUUUAGUGGCCUUCACAGUCACAUUUAUUCACCAACAUACCAUCUAUCUGUUGUAAUCUUCACUCCCUGUCCACGUUCACAAAUAUUGAUUGAGCUACCCCUCAAUUCAACCAAGUGCCAUUCACCUUUAACAUAUUUGCAAGACCCGGAAAACAGGAUGUGGAUAACAGGAUAUCCAGGGAAACUGUCUAUUUUGUCUGAUGACGUCACAUCACAGGUUGACACUGUCGACAGCCUUUAUUAACUGCAGUUAUACCAGCAUUAUGUUCAAACCGUUAUCAGGCGAGUAACAUGAGGGCAAAGUGCAUCAAAUAUCAUGAUAGGUUUAGGGUUUAUGAGCAAGGCAGUGACAUAUUUGUGAGUGCCCCUUUCUCUCUGAGUUGCUCACUGUUCAUCACUGCUGUCUCAGGUGAGCAACACAAACUGACACACCAUUUCCACAGGCUGUAGGUUUACAGUACAGGACACAGAACAGUGGAAACAGCUAAAAAGCUAAAAUCGAUUUGACCUGGCUAAAGAUUUCUGUAUGAAAAGCUGCUCUGUUUAUUCUGGUGUUUACAGGAUGUUCAAGUUGGUGCUCCUGUUCCUGACACUGUCAGGCCUCCAAGCCGCCCCAAUCGCAGCCCCUAGAGGUUUGCAGAAGGCAUCUUCCUACCAGCUUCCUGAUGGUUUUCGGCAGGGCACUGAACACUUUGACAUCCUUGAAGCUGUUCCUGAUAGCUUCCGACAAGGUACAGAGCCCUCCAGGAGAUUCCUUGUUGACCUCAACACUGGCCUGGUGCAAGAACACAUCAGUGAGAUGGACAGGAGGGCUGGUUUCAUCCAACCCUCUCUUGGAAAUGGAUUUGGAGAAAUGGACAGAAGACAAUGGCUGAAAGAUGAGGUUCCUGUUGAUAUACCAGCCAAGAAGAAUGGUGGUGGUUGGGUUCGGGUGGAGGAACCCUCUGCUCCGCAUCUCCCAGAUGGUUUCAAACAGGGAACCGAACCCUUCAGGUCUAUCCCAGAUGGUUUCAGACAGGGAACCGAACCCUUCAGGUCUAUCCCAGAUGGUUUCAGACAGGGAACUGAACCCUUUAGGUCCAUCCCAGAUGGUUUCAGACAGGGAACCGAACCCAUCAGGUUUAUCCCAGAUGGCUUCAGACAGGGAACCGAACCCUUCAGGUCUAUCCCAGAUGGCUUCAGACAGGGAACCAAACCCUUCAGGUCCAUCCCAGAUGGUUUCAGACAGGGAACCGAACCCCUAAGGUCUAUCCCAGAUGGCUUCAGACAGGGAACUGAACCCUUUAGGUCCAUCCCAGAUGGUUUCAGACAGGGAACCGAACCCAUCAGGUUUAUCCCAGAUGGCUUCAGACAGGGAACCGAACCCUUCAGGUCUAUCCCAGAUGGCUUCAGACAGGGAACCAAACCCUUCAGGUCCAUCCCAGAUGGUUUCAGACAGGGAACCGAACCCCUAAGGUCUAUCCCAGAUGGCUUCAGACAGGGAACCGAACCCUUCAUGUCCAUCCCACAUGGUUUCAGACAGGGAACCGAACCUUUCAGGUCUACCCGAGAUGGCUUUAGACAGGGAACUGAACUCUCCACCUCCAAGCUCCAAACAAAGACUGUGGCAUGUAAGGGGGAGGUCAUCAACGGAAACUGUUUUGAGUUCAAUCCCAUGCCGCUGGCCUUCCAAGAAGCACAGGCCUCAUGCAGAGCUCUUGGCCCAAAUGCUGACCUUGCAUCUGUAACCAGUGGCGAUUUGCAUUCCCGUCUGGUUUCCCUAGUUACCAAUGGUGGCGCAAGCAGCCCUACGUUGACGUGGCUGGGAGGCACGGUCAAGAACCAGCAGGCUUCAUGGGUAGACGGGUCAGAAUGGAGUUACAGCAAUUGGAUGCCAGGUCACCCCAACAUUCACACCGACAAACCUGUCUGUGUGGAGAUGUUCAAGAUAGAUGAGAGCUGGUGGACGGCUGCCGACUGUGAACUGAAGAGAGCAUCCAUCUGCUCGUACCCGAUCACUGCAUGAAAACCACAAAGAAACAGCAUAAGAGAGCGGCCCUCUUGAUUUGAGAUGUGUGAACUGUGCAUCUACCAGCGCUUCACUAUGUCUAUUUGUAUCAACUUUAAUAAAACAUAGCAUGUUACAUCUGCGUGUUUCUGUCUAAAAAACACAACAUUUUUAUCUCAGCCACAGCAGUCACUUUAUUCUUCUGUUAACCGUUUACAGCGAAGACCUCAGACAUAUAAACCACAAAUUUGUACAGUUCAUUUAAAUUUAGACAAGACUUUAAUGAUCAUUUUCCACUUGUGUAUACAAAGCAGUUUGUACAGAUUAGGGAGCCAAGUUAAAACAAUUUGUUACAAUUUAGUACCUGGAAAGUGCAAAAGUACAUUUCAAAUACGCAGAAAUAAAAAUCAUGCUGUACAUUAUAUACUGUUUUCAUAAAUAAUCACAGAUAUACACACAUCCAUUUGGUGACAGUCACAGAGAUGUUGCUAAGACACAAAAUAGUACUUUUUGAUUUUGCUUUGAAGUCCUUUUUAUUCUUGGUUCCCAUUGAAACUGUGGAGGUUUAACUUCUGGAAUGCUGCUUUCAUUUGAUUUACUGCAAGGUCGGGGACAAUAAGGUUCGGUAAUGAGAAAAACCUAGCUCUAUGUUAACACCACACUGGGAUAAAGGCACUCCGUUUGUUGCAGUCGAGGAAGUCGGUUUGACAACUCAAACAGUGGUCUUUUGUCUGAAUGACAAAUGUGGAUGAACAAAAGAAAAAACCUCAUUGAAAAAACAUUGUAUGCACCUUUCACAGAAAUCUCUCAAAGAAGGACACAAAUUGGUCUUUGCACUACAUCUCGCUGUGACUCUUAAAUAAAAACUAAAUACAAAAUCACCUUGAAAAAAACAAACAAACAAAAAAAAAAAUGAAAAAAAGAGAACCAUUAGAGCAACUGUGUGUCCAAUGCUGAACCCAUGACUGAGCCAAAACAAUCAGCGGCUGCCAUGGUUCAGAGUCAGAGACACCAUAUCAACAUGUCUGAUGAAAUCAAGAAUUUGGCUAUUAAAAAAUAAACACAUGCAUCACUGGCAUGUCCUCACACACAUACACACACACUCUCGCGCUGACACACACACACACACACACACUCACAAGUAUGGUGCAAAAAUAUAAAUCACACAGUCUCAUCCACAGGAGCUUCAUACUGUGGCUUUUUUUUUGUGAUUCUGAUAUUACAGAGUUGAAGAAUAAAGAAAUCACAUUCACGCACGAACAACAUGUCUCCCGAGCGAACCUGACCGAAGCAUGCGAACCUUCUUGAUGCCCCAUGAGAGAAAAAACUCUGAAAUCAGUUACUUCACAAUGAGCAGGAAGGAGAAUGAGAUGUAAAAACAAUAAAAGUCUGAGGCAAUGAUGAAAGCUAAAGGCAGCUGGGGGUGAGGGGAGGAGGUUCCAUGGUGGGUUAGGUUACAUUUACCGUCCCAGUUAAGCUUUAGGAAGACUGGAGAUGGUUGGCAGAUCAACCACUACGGGAAGGAAAAAAACAGGAAAAGGGAUCGACCGGCCCUCGACGAAGGAGCUGUAUUGCUGUUAACACUGACAUGUCAUGAAGCCCUUGAGGAUAUUUUCUUUCUCCUUCUUUUACAGGUAGUCUGAACAGUCAGAAGAGUUUAAAAUAUGCCAUACUGAUAUCUGUAUUCAAGAUGCACUAGAAACAAAGUGUGUACAAAAACGGCUACUUUUACUCAUAAAUAAACAUGGAUUCAAGUAACUUAAAAACAUUCGAUGAAGCACAGAGAGCCAUGUGUUGCGUGAUUUCAAGGAGCCCUGACCAGCCUCUUUUUCUCUGUACUGCUGUGAUAAAUCUUCACGUGGAAGCUUGUUGUGUUUAAGAAUGUAGUGUUUCGCUUGUAGUGAGAUUUUUUUUUCUUUACAAAACUAGAUAUCUUAAAUCAUUAAAGACAGACGCAAUGUUUCUCAAACAAAUAUCCAAAUGUAAAAGUUCACCAAAAAAAAAAAAAAAAAAAAAAAAAAAAGCUCCAUCACUGUGUUUCCUACCUAAUCUCAAAAUGGACCAAAAAUGCCAUGCACACAAACAGAUGCCAAGUCGCUGGGCACAUGCAUACAUUUGUCAAAAAAAAAAAAAAGAAAAGAAAAACCCAAAAUAAGAAACGAAAACAAAGAAA